GUCCGAGGCAGAGGCGGUGAGGGUGUAUACGAUAACUAACAGAGCAUUUUUUAUUUUUAUUUUCUGAAGUGAAGUUUGAGAGUCGGGACUUAGAAUGAAGAUCCUCCUCAUCUUCACCUUCUGCCUGAUUAUUGCUGGUUCUGAUGCUGUAACUACAGUAACUGGAUACAGAGGAAGAUCAGUUCAGAUUAAAUGCCCCUACGGAUCUGGAUAUGAAGAAUACAAGAAGUAUCUCUGCAGAGGUAAAUGUCCCCGUGUGGGGUAUAAUGAUGUUCCUGUUCGUUCUGGAUCUCCGGCUAAAGACACCAGAUUCUCUCUGUAUGACAACACAACAGCCAAAGUCUUCACCGUCACCAUCACUGAUCUGAGAACAGAGGAUGGAAACACUUACUGGUGUGUGAUAGAGCGGACAGGGUAUGAUCUUUACACAGAGCUUCUACUGCUGGUUAAAACGGAAGAUCCUGCCAUCACUGUCUCACACUCCACACACACCACACACUCCGCUUCAACACACUCCAUGAGUCCAUCAGUGCCUGCUGAGAUCACACAUUCAACAACAGCAAAUCCACUAAAUGAUGCUAACCAUCCAACCAUCGCUCCCUCACCUCAGGGUAUACCUAAGUACAUCAUGAUCAGUACAGGUGCAGUGUUGUUGGCUGUUGGUGUGAUUAUAGCGAUCUACUGCAAAAUACAUCGUCAAGGCUCUGAAACAGUGACACGAUCUUCCACAGAGGCAAAUGGAGAUUCUGAAAAUGACCAGAAUUUACUUCCUCUCCAAGCAAAAGAAAAAGUCAACUUACCCGUAAAUGUCUACGGGAUUCUAGACCUGGCCCCCGACCAAUCAGACUCAGUCUACCAAAAUCUCAGACCGUCUAACAAUAACCAAUAAGAUUCAGGAUGCCACUGUUCACCAUCCAUGUUCCAUCCAUCCAUCCAUCCAUCUUCUACCACUUACUCCUUCUUCAGGGUCACGGGGAACCUGGAGUCUAUCCCAGGGAACAUCGGGCACAGGGCGGGGUACACCCUGGACAGGGUGCCAGUCCAUCGCAGGGCACAAUCACCAUCCAAGUUAAUUGAUCUUAAUCCAAAGCUAAUGUAACCGUGUUUAUUGUUUCCCCAACAAACAUUCAGUGUCCUCCACUAAUAUUGGCACCCUAUGAGCAAAGAGGGCUGUGUAAAAUCAUCUUCAUUGUUGAACCUUUUGAUCUUUUUUUUGUUAAAACUUUACAAAAAUACUCUGCUCUUGGACAUCAAACAAUUGCAAACAAAUCACAGGUUUAUGAAAAAAAUUAAUCUUCGUUAAAUAUAGGUGUGCAUCAAUUAUUGGCAUCCUUUUUGUCAAUACUUUGUACAACCUCCCUUUGCCAAGAUAACAGCUCUGAGUCUUCUCCUAUAAUGCCUGAUGAGGUUGGAAUAUACAUGCCGAGGAAUCUGAGAGCGUUCCUCCAUACAGAAUCUCUCCAGAUCCUUCACAUUUCGAGGUCCACGCUGGUGGACUCUCCUUCAGUUCACCCCACAGGUGUUCUAUGGGGUUCAGGUCAGGGGACUGGGAUGGUCAGGGCAGGACCUUGAUUUUGUGGUCAGUAAAACAUUUUUGUGUUGAUUUUGAUGUAUGUUUUGGAUUAUUGUCCUGCUGGAAGAUCCAACCACGGCCCAAUUGAAGCUUUCUGGCAGGGGCAGUCAGGUUUUCAUUUAAUAUCUGUUGAUAUUUGAUAGAAUCCAUGAUGCCAUGUGUCCUAACAAAAUGUCCAGGUCCUCUGGCAGAAAAACAGCCCAAAACAUUAAAGAUCCACCUCCAUAUUUAACCGUGGGCAUGAGGUACUUUUCCAUACGGCUACCUCUCUGUGUGCUCCAAAACCACCUCUGUGUUUAUUACCAAAAAGCUCUAUUCUGGUUUCAUCUGACCGUAGAACCCGAUCCCAUUUGAAGUUCCAGUAGUGUCGGCACACUGAAGACACUCGAGUUUGUUUUUGGAUGAGAGUAGAAGCUUUUUUCUUGAAACCCUUCCAAACAGCUUGUGGUGAUGUCGGUGACUUCGGAUUGUAGUUCUGGAGACUUUCUGACCCCAAGACGCAACUAACUUCUGCAGUUCUCCAGCUGUGAUUUUCAAUGCUUGUGCUAUUUUCUUAGACACUUCCCAUUUUGUGAAGCUCAACAACCUUUUUCCGCACAUCACAGCUAUAGUCCUUGCUCUUACCCAUUGUUAUGAAUGACUAAGGGAAUUUGGCCUGUGUGUUACCUCAUCUUUAUACCCCUGUGAAGCAGGAAGUCAUGGUUGAACAAUUUCCUGUUCCUGGUCACCCAGUUGUACUAAAAAAUGUAAAAUAUCAGUGGGAAUGUACUUCAAAUAUAUUUUUCUCAUAUGAAUUCAUAGGGGUGCCAAUAAUUGUUGCACACAUAUUUAACAAAAGGUUGUUGUUUUUUUUUUUGAUAAACCUGUGUUUUGCUUGCAAUUGUUUGAUAUCCAUGAUAUAGUAUUUUUCACAGCCUUCUUUGCUCAAAUUUACCACCAAGGGUGCCAAUAUUAGUCUAGGGCACUGUAUUGUUUGGCCUGUGCAUUACUCAUUUGCUGUUUUUUUUUCUUGACUAUUUAUAAAUGAACCACCUUUUACUUUCUUCAACUUGCGCUCAUCUCUAAUCAUCUGAUGUCAGGUCUGCACGUAACAAUGCUCUACAUAAAAGCAUUUUUCAUUGAA